AUGCAGGAAGAGUUCGAUGCUCUUCAACGGAACCGCACAUGGACACUGGUUCCCCGGCCUCCUCGCGCCAACGUCAUCACCGGCAAGUCGGUCUUUCGCCAUAAGACCUGCUCGGAUGGUACUCUCGAGCGCUACAAGGCUCGCUGGGUGGUCUGUGGUUUCCGCCGGCGCGCUGGAGUGGACUUCACUGAGACGUUUGCCCUGGUUGUAAAACCGGGCACGAUCCGCACCGUCCUCCAGCUCGCCGUGUCCCGCAGCUGGCCGGUUCACCAGAUGGACGUCUCCAACGCCUUUCUCCACGGCCAUCUUGAGGAGCAAGUGUAUUGUGAGCAACCCACCGGUUUCAUCGACGCCUCACUUCCCGGCCAUGUGUGUCUGCUGUCCCGCUCUCUUUACGGACUCAAGCAGGCACCCCGCGCCUGGUACCAGCGGAUCGCCGGGUUUCUUCAGACACUGGGCUUCAGCGUUACUCGCUCGGACGCCUCACUGUUUGUCUAUCGCCACGGUGACACGACUGCAUAUUUGCUUCUUUACGUUGAUGACAUCAUCCUGACGGCCUCCUCCGCAGCUAUUCUUCACCAGAUUACUCUCCGGCUGCGUGAAGAGUUUGCUAUUAAGGACCUGGGUGCUCUACAUUAUUUCCUUGUCAUUGAGGUCGUUCGGCGCCCGGACGGUUUCUUUCUUCAUCAGCAGAAUGUAUCCCUCCCAACUCACCAUCACAACUGCACGUCACUACCAAACAGAGAAUAUCUCAACCUAGCUAGAAACUUCGUCACUUCAAGUAGGGAAACAGAGAAUAUCUCAACCUUGCUAGCCCUGUGCGCCUUCAUCGCCGUCGCCGAUGCUCAGGCGAAGGCGCCAGUGGACCCCGCGCUGCCAAAGAACUCCCACAUGAUCCACCCGGGCCGGUUCGGUAAGAGGGACCAUGUGAUCUCCUGCGAUGACACCAAGGACGGGAAGAACCCCUGCGUCGCCACCUGCGACAAGCGCUGCCCCAACGAGUGCAUCGUUAUGUGCCCAGGUUGCAAGACCUACUGCUUGUGCGACUUCUACCCCGGCAUGUCGUGCGGGGACCCACGCUUCACUGGUGCCGACGGCAACAACUUCUACUUCCACGGCAAGAAGGAUCAGGACUUCUGUGUCCUCUCCGAUGCCGACCUCCACAUCAACGCUCAUUUCAUCGGCAAGCGCAACCCCACCAUGAGCCGUGACUUCACCUGGAUCCAGGCUCUAGGCAUCCGCUUCGCCGACCAUCAGCUGUAUAUGGGUGCCCAGAAGACCAUUGAGUGGAACAACGACAUUGACCGCCUAGAGAUGGCCUUCGACGGAGCAUCUAUUGAAAUCCCUGCCAACCUUGGUGCCAAAUGGGAGUCUGACAUCAUUCCAGGGUUGACCGUCACUAGGACUGCUGUCACCAACGGUGUGAGGGUGCAGCUCCAGGGAGUGUUCGAUAUCAUGGCUAAAGUUCUGCCCAUCACUGAGGAGGACUCCCGCAUCCAUAAUUAUGGUGUGACCAAGGAUGACAGCCUUGCACAUUUGGACAUCGGGUUCAAGUUCAACAACCUUACUGACGAUGUCCACGGCGUGCUAGGGCAGACCUAUCGCUCCGAUUACGUCAACAAGCUUAGCAUGACUGCUAACAUGCCGGUCAUGGGUGGUGCUACUAGGUAUGUCUCCUCUGGCAUCUUUGCCACUGACUGCGAAGUGGCAAGGUUUGGCCACCAUGUUGGCAUCUCCAUGGUUACUGCUCAGGCUAACUAAAAUGUGGCUUCAAUGUGGCCACCAUCCGUGUGUGGGAGUCAUAAAUAAAUUUGUUUUCACGGACAGAAGUAGUUGAUAAUUGUAAGACUAUUAAUUGUUGUUACUGUCCAAGAUAUCACUGAGCUUGUUUAAUAUA